AUGGAUGUCUCGCGUCGGCGUGGGAAACGGAGGCGCUCCGAAUCUAGCUCAGAUUCGUGGUCGGCAGGCGGUGGCGACAGCAGUGCUAGCCCUCCGCUUCUUUCCCGGUCGGUGCUGAGUCCGCCGCCGGGCCUGGGGCGCAGCCUGAAGGCCGCAGGUGCUGGCACCCCAGGGGUAUGCAAGCAAACAGUUCCUGAUGACCAAAUAGACAAACUGUUAUUGGCAAAUUGGGGGCUUCCUAAAGAAGUUUUGGAGAAAUACCACAGUUUUGGUGUAAAAAAGAUGUUUGAAUGGCAGGCAGAAUGUCUUUUGCUUGGACAAGUCUUGGAGGGAAAGAAUUUAGUUUAUUCAGCUCCUACAAGUGCUGGAAAGACCCUUGUUGCAGAAUUACUUAUUUUGAAGCGAGUUUUGGAAAUGCGGAAGAAAGCUUUAUUUAUUCUUCCCUUUGUUUCUGUGGCUAAAGAGAAGAAAUACUAUCUUCAGAGUCUGUUUCAGGAAGUAGGAAUAAAAGUAGAUGGUUAUAUGGGCAGCACCUCUCCAGCAGGGCAUUUCUCUUCCUUGGAUAUUGCUGUCUGCACAAUCGAGAGAGCCAAUGGUCUGAUCAAUCGCCUCAUAGAAGAAAAUAAGAUGGAUUUGUUAGGAAUGGUUGUUGUGGAUGAGUUACACAUGCUAGGAGACUCUCACCGAGGGUAUUUGCUGGAACUUUUGCUGACCAAGAUUUGUUAUAUUACUCAGAAAUCAGCAUCAUGCCAGCCAGAGUCACCAAGGUCUUUGUCUAAUGAUGUACAGAUUGUUGGCAUGAGUGCUACUCUUCCUAAUUUGGAGCUUGUGGCUUCUUGGUUGAAUGCUGAACUCUAUCAUACUGACUUUCGUCCUGUACCACUUUUGGAGUUAGUAAAAAUUGGAAAUUCCAUAUUUGACUCUUCAAUGAAACUUGUGAGGGAAUUUCAACCCAUGCUACAAGUGAAGGGUGAUGAGGACCAUAUUGUUAGCUUAUGUUAUGAGACCAUCUGUGAUAACCAUUCAGUAUUACUUUUUUGUCCAUCAAAAAAAUGGUGUGAGAAGCUGGCAGAUAUCAUUGCCCGAGAGUUUUAUAAUCUUCACCAUCAAGCUAAAGAAUUGGUAAAACCAUCUGAAUUUCCACCAGUGAUUCUGGAACAAGAAGGCCUUCUGGAAGUGAUGGAUCAGUUAAAACGUUCCCCUUCAGGACUGGACUCUGUGUUACAAAAUACUGUACCAUGGGGAGUAGCAUUUCAUCAUGCAGGUCUUACUUUUGAGGAGAGGGAUAUCAUCGAAGGAGCAUUCCGUCAAGGUCUUAUUCGGGUCUUGGCAGCAACUUCGACUCUUUCUUCUGGGGUGAAUUUGCCAGCACGCCGUGUGAUUAUUCGGACCCCAAUUUUCAGUGGUUGCCCUCUAGAUAUUCUUACUUACAAGCAGAUGGUUGGUCGUGCUGGCAGGAAAGGAGUAGACACAAUGGGUGAGAGCAUCUUAGUCUGUAAGAACUCUGAGAAGUCAAAAGGCAUAGCUUUACUUCAGGGAUCUCUAAAGCCGGUCCGUAGCUGUCUGCAAAGAAGAGAAGGAGAUGAAGUAACUGCCAGUAUGGUACGAGCUAUUCUGGAGAUAAUAGUUGGGGGAGUGGCAAGUACAUCACGAGAUAUGCAGACUUACGCUUCUUGUACAUUUUUGGCCGCGAGUAUGAAAGAAGGGAAGCAGGGAAUUCAGAGAAAUCAAGAUUCUCUUCAUCUUGAAGCAAUUGAAGCCUGUGUGUUGUGGCUGCUAGAAAAUGAAUUCAUCCAGAUUGUAGGAGCUGGUGAUGGAUCAGAAGGAAAGGUGUAUCAUCCAACACAACUUGGUUCAGCUACUCUUUCAUCUUCACUUUCUCCAACUGAUACCUUAGAUAUUUUUGCUGACCUCCAAAGAGCAAUGAAGGGCUUUGUUUUAGAGAAUGACCUUCAUAUCGUUUAUCUGGUUACACCUAUGUUUGAAGAUUGGACUGCUAUAGAUUGGUAUCGAUUUUUCUGUUUAUGGGAGAAGUUGCCAGCCUCUAUGAAAAGGGUGGCAGAACUAGUAGGAGUCGAGGAAGGGUUCUUGGCUCGCUGUGUGAAAGGAAAAGUAGUAGCCAGAACUGAGAGACAGCACCGACAAAUGGCCAUUCAUAAACGGUUUUUCACCAGUCUUGUGUUACUAGAUUUAAUCAGUGAAGUUUCCUUAAAGGAAAUUAAUCAGAAAUAUGGAUGCAAUCGUGGACAGAUUCAGUCUUUACAACAGUCAGCUUCUGUUUAUGCAGGGAUGAUUACAGUAUUUUCCAGUCGUCUGGGUUGGCACAACAUGGAACUACUACUUUCCCAGUUUCAGAAGCGCCUUACAUUUGGCAUCCAGCGGGAGCUGUGUGACCUGGUCCGGGUGUCCUUACUCAAUGCACAGCGAGCCAGGUUCCUCUAUUCUUCUGGCUUUCUUACUGUGGCAGAUCUUGCUAGAGCAAAUAUUGCUGAGGUGGAGAUGGUUCUGAAAAAUGCUGUGCCUUUCAAAAGUGCCCGAAAGGCAGUAGAUGAGGAAGAGGAAGCAGUUGAAGAACGUCGGGAUAUGCGAACGAUUUGGGUGACUGGUAGAAAAGGUUUAACUGCAAGGGAAGCAGCAUCCCUGAUAGUGGAAGAAGCCAAAAUGAUUCUGCAGCAGGACUUAGUUGAAAUGGGAGUGCAAUGGGAUCCAUAUUCCCCUUCGAUUACUGGCACACAUUCACUGAUUAGUAGUGAUUCAGAAGUAAAGACACACACAUUUGUUCCUCAAACUGUGAGUUCUCAUCAAAGAGAAACAUCUAAGAAGAAAAGUAAUACAAAAUGUAGUGAUUCUCAUGUUAUGCAUUCAUCAAACACAGUGCAAGGUUUAGAUAAAAGUAGAGAGCAUACAAAUUCCUUUGAUUAUACAUUCCAGGAAGGGAAACAGGAGCAUCAGAGAAAUUCCAUUUUCAGAGCAAGAAAACAAGCUUCUUUGGGUCUAAAAAAAGAGAAGCCCACAGCCUCUCUGAAUGAAGGGGAAGCAUGCAAUAGGAAAGUUGUUCAGACUUUCUCCUUGGAAAAAAAUAAAAAAGCAGCUGUGAAUUUCAGUUCAGAAGAGCUGAACCCAAGUUUUCAGUCUUGGGAACAUAGAAAGCAUCAAAAAGAAUCCAAGGACAGUAGCCCUGUGAAAGACUCUGGGUUACGUAGAAUUGAUUUACAAGGACAGACUGUAUCUAGACCUCUUCUUUGUGAGGAUCUGCUUACUUCAGAUGAGAAGAAUAUGGAAUUUGGUAGUUCACAACCUUUUGUCAAGAAUGCAUCUUUUUGUAGUAAGGAAAAACCCAGCAAGACAUUUUUGUUACAAGCAAAGCAAAAUUGUUUAAGGGAAAAAACAAAAAUGAAUGAUAUUGUUGUGGAACAUUUUGACAUGAGGUCACAAAGUAAAAAUAUGACUUGUCAAACCUCUGGUGUAGCUAGUAAAAGUGGAAGAGGAGUAGCUGUAGGUGAGACAGAAAAAGUAAAUGAUGUAGUGAUACAGAAUGAUUUGAAAAACCAGAAUAUUUCUGUAAAAAACUGUGACACAUAUGUAGUUGGCCAGUGUCUAGGAAAACAAUGUGAUAAACAGACAGACAUUUCUAUCAAACAGAAAAGUGUAGUAGAGACACAAAUGCCCUGUGAGGCAGUGAGUAGUAAUAUGCAAAAAGAAUCAAAUGCUGCUAUGAUGAAAUGUGAAAGUAUAAAGCCUAAUAAUGAGGAAAGUAAACCAAACCACUUUCAGGCAUUAGGAGAUAAGAUACACAAAACUGAAGUACCUAAUAGAAUACAUCAGUCAAAUGGACCAUUUGGUAAAACAGGAGACCAGCAUGAGAAUUUUCUAAAUUCAACUAAAAUACAAGAAAAAACAGACAAAACUAAAAAUAAUCCCGCUUCUGACUUAAGUUUAGUUUUCUGUGAUUUUGAAGAUAGUUUCUACCUGGAUACUCAAUCAGAGAAAAUAAUGCAACAGAUGGUAAUGGAAAAUGCCAGACAAGGAACACAGGACACCAGCUUGGCAGCAGGGGUGGUGCAGAGGAGCUUAGACAGACAGAACUUCUCUCGAAAUGACUGUCAUGUUACUUCUUCCAGGGAUCAGCAUUCUCCAAGAAUGACUAACACGGACCAUUUGGAUUUUAAGACUACCAAUACUGAAUAUGGGAAUGACAGACUGACUCUAAAAAGCCUUAUUUUUCAUUCUCCUAUACUAUUGGAGGAAAAUGACCCUUGUUUUAAAGGGAAUGAACGUUCUGUUACUGACUCUCAGCUAAACAGUUUUCUUCAAGGUUAUCAGACACAAGAAACAAUGAAACCAGUCAAAGUUUUGGCUCCUCAAAAGAGAUCCCCCACUAGUGGAGAGGGAGCAUGUCUGCCAGGUCCAGAAACAAGUUUGAAUAUGAGUGACAGUUUAUUAUUUGACAGUUUUGGUGAAGACUUCCUAGGAGAAGAGCAACCACCUGAUGUACACACCAAAGAAACCCACCCUUCUGAAAUAAUAUUAAACCAUUUCAGUGACUCUCAGUGUCUACAAGAGGACCCAGUUCAAAAAGCAAAUAUGAGUGGGCUUUUAGAUGUUCAACAGCAACUGACUUCUUUGAAUGAUGAAUCUAUUAUGUUUUCAGAAAUAGAUUCUACUCAGAUAGGUGAAGCUUUGGACAAUGUAGCAAUAGUGGUCCAAGAGAAUCCUAAUACUGCAGUGUCUCUUACACCAUUAGAACUAAGCGACUUGGCAAUUAUAGGUAAUAGUCUCCCCUGCGGUGAGAUAAUUAGAAAAAAUCAAGAUGAAACAGUUCAAAAGUCCAAUUUGAUUGAGGCAGGGCAAAAUAAUUCAUUCACAUGGUCAGGAGCAUCAUUUGAUUUAAGUCCAGGAUUGCAAAGGAUUUUAGAUAAAGUAUAUAGUCCUAUGGAGAAUGAAAAGCCAAAAUUAACAACUGUAAACUUACUUUGUUUGAAAGAGAAAAACACAGAAUUAAAUGAGAGACAGGAAGGGAUUUCAAAUUUAGAGACAUACCAAGUACAAGGAAUUUCAUUUUUCCCUAAUAGUGAGGUAAAAAGGAAGGUGGACAAGUCACUAGAGAACUCUGCCAGUCACAGUGAAACCUUGUCCCUAUUGCCUUGUAAAGAAAGCUCUCUUGGUGAGGACAAUGGUCUCAUUCCUCCUACACCCAGCCCAUCAUCAGCUUCCAAGGUGAUAUUUCCAGAGAUUCUUAGAACAUCUGUACAAUUUCAGGACACUGGUAGUGUUUUACAGCCUAGUGAAAGUUUUAUAUUUGGCUCACCUUCAGAUAUUAAAAACCAUGAUUUAAGUCCAGAGAAUAGAAACAGUUCACGGGAUGACAAUCCGUUGAGAGACAGAAGUUUUUCACUGCAAUUGUCCCUGGAUGAAUUGCAGUUAACUCCAGCCUCAUGCAGUUCAGAAACUUUGGCCAUAAUUGAUGUAGCAAGUGAUCAAACUCUCUUUGAAACCUUCAUUAAAGAGUGGCAGUGUAAAAAACGAUUUUCCAUUUCACUGGCUUGUGAAAAGAUCAGAAGCUUGAGAUCUUCAAAAACUGCUACUAUUGGUAGUAGGUUCAGACAAGUCAAUUUACCUCAGGAAACCCUUACUAUAGAUGAUGGAUUUCUUGUUCAGGGCUCGGAUGACAUCUUUGUGGUUGGACUGGCAGUGUGCUGGGGUGGAAGGGAUGCUUACUAUGUUUCACUGCAAAAGGAACAAACACAUUCUGAAAUUAGUGCUAGUUUGGCUCCACCUUCUCUGGAUCCACGCUUGACUGUGAAAGACAGGAUGUGGCAUCUUCAAUCCUGUUUGCAAAAGCAAAGUGAUAAAGAACAUUCUGUAAUCAUCUACGACUUCAUCAAGAGCUAUAAAAUUCUUCUUUUGUCUUGUGGCAUCUCCCUGGAACAAAGUUAUGAAGAUCCUAAGGUUGCAUCCUGGUUACUUGACCCAGAUUCUAAGGAGCCAACUCUUCAUAGUGUGGUUACCAGCUUUAUUCCCCAUGAUCUUCCGCUCCUGGAAGGAAUGGAGACAGGCCCAGGAAUUCAAAGCCUGGGACUGAAUGUCAGCACUGAGCAUUCUGGACGGUACAGAGCAUCUGUAGAGUCUAUUCUCAUCUUCAGCUCCAUGAAUCAACUCAACUCUUUGUUACAGAAAGAAAACCUUCAUGAUGUUUUCUGCAAUGUGGAAAUGCCCUCUCAGUACUGCUUGGCCUUGCUGGAACUAAAUGGAAUCGGCUUUAGCACUACAGAAUGUGAAAGUCAAAAGCACAUCAUGCAAGCCAAGCUGGAUUCAAUUGAGGCUCAGGCCUAUCAAUUAGCUGGCCACAGCUUUUCCUUCACCAGUUCAGAUGACAUUGCAGAGGUUUUAUUUUUGGAAUUGAAGUUGCCACCAAAUGGAGAGAUGAAAAUCCAAGGCAACAAGAAAACUUUGGGUUCUACCAGAAGAGGGAAUGACACUGGACGCAAGUCAAGGCUGGGGAGGCGGUUCAGCACGAGUAAGGACAUUUUAAACAAAUUAAAGGAAUUACAUCCUUUACCAGGCUUGAUAUUGGAGUGGAGAAGAAUCAGCAGUGCUAUCACCAAAGUGGUUUUCCCCUUGCAGCGGGAAAAACGUCUCAAUCCUUUCCUGGGAAUGGAAAGAAUCUACCCUGUAUCACAAUCACACACAGCUACAGGACGGAUAAGUUUUACAGAACCAAAUGUCCAGAAUGUGCCAAGAGAUUUUGAGAUUAAAAUGCCAACAGUAGUAGGGGAAGGCUCACCUCUCCAAGUUCUAGACAAAGGCCAGCUUCUCAUAGACAGAGGGUGCAGUAAGAAGGGUUGGGACCUGUACCCUGAGCACAAGGCACCGGUGGAUAAGCAGGCUGUGGCCAGAGAGGUGCUGUUUUCUGUGAGCAUGAGGCAUGCCUUUGUGCCUUUCCCAGGUGGCUUAAUCUUGGCUGCAGAUUACUCUCAGCUUGAACUGAGGAUCUUGGCUCAUUUAUCUCAGGAUCAUCGUCUCAUUCAAGUGUUAAACACGGGAGCUGAUGUUUUUAGGAGCAUCGCAGCAGAGUGGAAGAUGAUCGAGCCUGAGUCUGUUGGGGAUGAGCUAAGGCAACAAGCAAAACAGAUUUGCUAUGGAAUUAUUUAUGGAAUUGGAGCUAAAUCUUUAGGAGAGCAGAUGGGUGUUAAAGAAACUGAUGCUGCUUGCUAUAUUGAAUCCUUCAAGUCGAGAUACACAGGGAUUAGUCAUUUCAUGAGAGAGACUGUGAAGAAUUGUAAAAGAGAUGGGUUUGUUCAGACUAUUUUGGGAAGGCGUAGAUACCUGCCAGGAAUCAAAGACAACAACCCUUAUCACAAAGCUCAUGCUGAGCGUCAGGCCAUCAACACAACUGUCCAAGGAUCAGCAGCUGAUAUAGUCAAACUAGCCACAGUUAACAUCCAGAAGAAAUUAGAGACCUUUCACUCGAUCUUCAAGUCCCAUGGUCAUCGAGAGGGUAUGCUCCGAAGAGACAGAGCAGGAUUACUGCCAAAAGGAAGACUGCCAGGAAUCUUCUGCCCAAUCAGAGGAGGCUUCUUCAUCCUUCAACUCCAUGAUGAGCUUUUAUAUGAAGUGGCAGAAGAGGACGUGGUCCAGGUAGCUCAGAUCGUCAAGCAUGAAAUGGAAAGCGCCAUACAACUUUCUGUGAAACUGAAAGUGAAAGUGAAGCUGGGCGCCAGCUGGGGGGAUCUGAAGGACUUCAAUGUGUGAUGGUGGGGAGGCCUGGUGCGGACAGUCUCCGGGAUAGCAGAGGCUGCCCCUUCACCCGCUUCAUCAACACCAGUGGCGAGUCUUGAACUUAGGGCACAAAUUCUGUAUCAGAGUUUGUUCCCUGAAGUGACACAAAAGACUUUGCAGGGAGCGAGAGAAGUGAAAUGACACUUUUAAUGAUUAUACUCAGAGUAUCUAUGAACCCAACUUACCUAAUUUAUUAUGGCCUUACCAAAGUUUGAAAUGUAUGCUUGAAAUGUGCACUCAGCACUUUUGGGUCCUCAUCUAUGUGGACUAAACACAAAGGAAAUGGAGCUGCUGCCUUAGAGGUACUUUUUUCAUGUCCAUAACUCAGGCACUCAUGGCAGAGACCCAGUAGGAGCCCCAGGUGAAUAAGCAUUGGGCUUCAUAUACAACACGAUUGUGUAAUGUGGUGCUUUCCUCUAAUAUUGAGACUUCUGAAGUAGUAGUAUAAAAUAAUAUUGACUGAGAAGUUAUGAAUUCUAUACAAUAAGACUUGGUAUAUAGAAUCCAGGAAUGAAUUUUCAUUAAAUGUUGAAUUUUCAUGAAAUGCUGUUUCUUUUCCUUUUUCUUCUCCAAUUCAUACAGUGAGAAUAUUUGGAAUCCUCAUAUACGGUAAAGUACAUUUAUCCAGUUCUCUAAGAUCAGAUGUUUACUGCAGUUGAACAUGACAGGGGCCAGGUAGGGAAAACAUACCUUCCAGCCUCUUAGUGCCUCUGCCGUUGUGUGAUGUGGAAAGAAUACUCAUGCGGAGAAGACUGAACUUGGU